UGGUUGCCGGCGCCGGCGGUAGGCUAGAGUGCUUUUCCAUUUCGAAACAGUUCCAGUUAGAUAAGAAAAUACUGCAGACUUCGGCUUUGUCAUUGGUGUGUGCAUCUGGAUCUUCAGCUACUCCAACAACAUAUCUUGCAAUCUCUUAGUGCUUGAGAGAAUGGGUAAUCUCUUGGUGCCUGAGAGAACGGGUGGAUUGCUUCUGCAAAAUGCUUCUGCACUUGUUUC